CUCAUAUUAUCUCAUAUAUAAACUGGAAAAUGAGGAAAAAAGUUCAAAUUUCAUAUGUGAUAAAAGAAGAGAUCGAAAAGUUUAAUCAUAAUGGUAUAAACGCUUUGCAAUAUAACUACGUCAAUGAUUCUCUUUACACAGCAGGUCGAGAUUCUAUCAUACGAUUAUGGAACACAAAUCAGACUGAAAGACCAUACAUAUUAUCAAUGGAGCAUCACACAGACUGGAUUAAUGAUAUUGUACUUUGUUGCAAUGGAAAGAAUUUAAUAUCUGCAUCAAAUGACACUACUGUUAAAGUUUGGAAUGCUCAAAAAGGUUUCUGCAUGUCUACAUUAAGAACUCACAAAGAUUAUGUUAAAGCCUUGGCAUAUGCUAAGCAUAAAGAACUUGUAGCUUCAACAGGCUUAGAUCAUACUAUUUUCUUAUGGGAUAUUCAUACCUUAACAGCAUUAACAGCAACCAAUAAUAUAGUUACAACUUCAUCCCUGGAGGCUGGGAGAGACUCCAUAUAUUGUUUGACCAUGAACGAAUCUGGAACCGUGCUAAUAAGCGGUUCUACCGAAAAGGUGCUGCGUGUUUGGGACCCAAGAACUUGCUGCAAAAUAACUAAACUCAGAGGGCACGAUGAUAUCAUCAAAACCGUCGUGGUUAAUAAAGAUGGAACUAAAUGUAUAUCCGGGAGUUCAGAUGGUUUUAUAAAGUUAUGGUGCUUAGGUCAACAACAAUGUUUACAAACUUUUCAAGUCCACACAGAAGGCGUUUGGACUUUACAGACGGAUGAAAAUUUUACUAAAGUUUAUUCAGCCGGCCGCGAUAGGAAUGUGUUCGUGACAUCCUUAACGGGAACCGAACAUAAUCCUUCUCUCUGGUUGUGUCGCGAGGAGGCAUCCAUUUUGAGAUUGCUAUUAGAUCCGGAAGAAAGAUUUCUAUGGAUAUCGACCACUUCCUCUCAUCUCAAAAAAUGGAUAUUGGAUCCAAACAAAAUCAAUAAGGAGUUGGAGGAAUUUUCUAGCAAAAGAUCGAGUUUUGUCGACACGUCAAUCAUUAACCCUCAAAAUCCUAUGUAUUUCGAGUGCUCCUCCAUCAUUCCAGGUACAACAUCCUUAAAACAAUUCCACGUUUUAGACAAUAAAAGGCAUAUACUCACCAAAGAUUCUGAAGAAAACGUAUGCCUAUGGGAUGUAUUGACGGCAAGAAAAAUUGAGGAUUUAGGAAAAAACGUUGAUUUUGCCGAAGAAAUCGAUAGAAGGCAGCAGAAAAUGUUUAUCCCGUCCUGGUUUGCUAUUGAUCUAAAAACUGGGUUACUAACUGUACACCUGGACGAAAUAGAUUGUUAUUCCGCCUGGGUAUCCGCUCAUCAAGUAGGUAUCAAUGAAGACUUUACCAACUUAGACCUCAAAAAUGGUAUGGAUAUAUCCUCCUCACAAAAUGGUGAUUAUACCUUAGCUUUAAACAACGAACCUGUGCCAUCAUUAAUUUCCGCUAACAAUAUUAAAGUCAACUUGGGAUAUUUGGUGUUGCAAUGCCUUUUCGAAAAAUGGCUAAAAAUUACCAAUAAUUUAGAAAUUAAUGGAACCGUACCCUACACAUUUAAAGAAGGAGAAUAUCCAUUUCCGACCUUCGACAUAAAGAUGCCCCCUCACACUCCUAUUAUAAUUAGUGAAGGAGAAGGCAAGAUGUUGUAUCGAUUGUUAGUAAGGGAUUCGGACGGCGAGAACGAAUGCUGCUAUCUCAACGAUAUACUUCCCUCAUGGGUCACUGAAACACUCUUAGAAAAAGCCUUGCCGAAGUUUGCUAAAGUCGCCUUCUUCUUGUUCCCACAUUCAGACUCGGGAAUUAAAACUUGGAAAAAAGAUAGGUUAUCAGCCAACGAUAUGCUCUCGGUCAAAAAAGUCAUGGAACACGUGUACACCAAAAUAUUGCCUUUUUGUUAUGGUCAACACAACAUUCUAGAAUACCAAAAUCCCAAUUCUCAUAUGUCCAAUGGGAUGCAUAUCACGAAUGGUCCCAGUAGUUCUAAUUCAUCAACCACCAAUAAUUACAAAUUAUAUUCGUCGAAUUCAUCUCCAAAUUCCCCUAACCUUAGACGUAAACUUAGAAAUAAUAGUUGCAUGGGUCAUCACGAACCGUAUAACACAUAUUCCAUGGAUAAAAGUGAAAAGGAUGGAUCAUCAUCUAAUUUAUCGGCCAACUUUGAAGAAAAAAUCCAAAUAUUUUGUCAGAAUCAACUUUUAGAUCCUGAAAUGGACUUGAGAUCCGUCAAACAUUUUUAUUGGAAAGGAUCUAGUGAUAUGAUAUUAUAUUAUUUGCCUUUUAAAUGAAAAGAGAAAACCAAUAAUCUUGAACCACAUAAUAGCAAAAGUAAUAUGAAAUUGUUGUAAUUUUUGUAAUCAAAUUUAG